AUGUCUCCGACUCCUCCCAGCGCCGCAUCGAGUCAUUCUGGCGCAUCUCCUGACUUCAGAGUGGUCCGGAAACGGAACCGAAUUCCUUUAUCAUGCGCCCCGUGCAGACACAGGAAAUUGAAGUGCAAUCGACAAUCGCCAUGCGAUAACUGUACAAAAAGAGGUGACAGUGCAUCGUGUACUUACGCUGCCCCGGCAGCGAGAAAGAAAGGCGGGCACAGCCAAAACUCCAAUAGCACGACUCCCGAUGAUAUGCAGAAUCGGAUCGACCGCUUGGAAGGGCUUGUCUUGUCGCUAAUGACAACUGGAUCGCAAGCAGUCGGCCCAGCAGCCGCGGCACAGGCUUUGUCAGCCACCGGUCCUGGCACUGGCGAGGACCAGUCGAUGGCAGCAAAUGGCGAUAAUGACAUGGAUGAAUCUACUAUGAUGGACGGGGACGACACUGGCGAUAUCCAGGAAGACGAGAGUGAGACUGACGGCGUCACGAAAAGCUUUGGAAUCCUCAAGGUCGAUGCGGACUCGCAAAAGACCUUCUAUGUUGGCGAAGCCCACUGGGCGGCGUUGUUGAAUGAAAUUGGAGAAGUGAAGAACUAUUUUGUCGCCCACAAGAAGGAGUAUGAGGCGCAGAUAGAAAAGGUUGAGCAAGCAAGGAAAUCCAUGGGUACAGAUGUCGGUGCUGGGCCUGCGUUAUUAUUUGGGUCAACUAUCCCUCCCAGUCGGCCCGAGAUUCUGGCACAAAUUCCCUCUCGAUACAUGUCCGAUAUCUUGAUUGGACGGUAUUUCAACACUUUUGAUCCUGCUACGCACAUCCUGCAUGGUCCGACGUUCCAACGGCACUACAACCAGCAUUGGAACGAUCCGUCCAAGAGCUCGAUUGUGUGGGUUGCGAUGCUUUUUGCGAUGAUGCGGCUGGCAAUGUUGUCUUAUGGAAGAGAAGGAGAUGAACCGCCAGAGUUCCGAGGCAAAUGCCAGGAUUUGGCGGCGAAUUUUCGAACCCAGAUGGCGCAUUGUCUCAUCACAGCAGACUACACCAAACCUCACAACCAUAUCAUCGAGGCCUUGAUCUUCCAUCUACAUGCGGAAUACACCUCAAACCGGGAUGCCGAAGCCAGUGUGUGGGUGCUUGUUGGCAUGAUUGCGCGGCUGGCCAUGCGAAUGGGCUAUCAUCGAGACGCUAAAUUGUUUCCUAACCUGAGCCCCUUUCAAGGUGAAAUGCGCCGUCGAGUCUGGACGUUUGUGCGGAGUGCGGAUCUUUUAUUCUCUGCUCAAGUCGCUCUUCCUCCGAUGAUCCGUAUCGGUGACUCGGAUACCGAACUUCCGAGGAACAUCUACGAUGAUGAGUUCGACGAAGACUCGGCCACGCUCCCACCUGCGCGGCCAUCAUCGGAAGCGACACCUAUCUCAUAUAUGAUAGCGAAAGGAAGACUGUCUUUUGGUUUUGGCCGCGUUCUCGAAGAGAUCAACGGGGUCAACAAGAAAGGAUAUGAAGAAGUGCUGAAGAUUGACAAGGGGCUGCGCGAUAUCUACGACAGUAUUCCAGAACAUUUGAAGCUCAGACCGAUGGCGGAACAAACGCUGGCGCCGAUUUCAUUGAUCAUGGCACGAUUCAGUCUGGCAACGGUCUAUCACAAGUCUCAGUGUGUGCUUCACCGUCGAUUCAUGCGUCUAGCUAGAAAUGGGAACCGAUAUAUGCAUUCCAGGCGGACAUCGCUUGAUUCGGCCAUGCAAUUGUUGAGCUUCCAGUCGAUUCAACACCAGCAAAGCCGUGAGCGUGGCCGGUUACGAAGUUUGCGCAAUCAUGUCAACUCGCUGACGGCUCAUGACUAUCUUUUGGCUGCUACGGUGGUAAUGAUGGAUCUCUAUCAUCACAAAGAGAGAAUAGAGGUGGAUGUCAGUACUCCAAGUACAUCAGUGAGUGGUGGAAGCAUCAGUCAGGGCAGCAAUGCCUCAGAAGGUGUAUACGCUCCGGGUCUCAGCUAUUGCCGCGAGGACCUCAUCAAGGCUCUUGAAGACAGCCGAGAAAUCUGGAUGAUAAAUCGCGACUUCAGUAUAGAAGCGUACAAGGCAAGUGAGUUACUAAAUGUGCUCCUUCAUCAUGUCAGAUUGCCGUUAUCGCCAAGCAAUCCGCAAAACACGCAGAUCUCGGCAGCAGGUCGACAGGCUCAGGGCUCGAGCAAUGAUGAACAGACAGCAGCAAAGACGUUAGAAAUGCUCCAAGCGGGCAGAGUGGACAGUGGUGGUCUCGGCAGUGCUGCACAAAUUGCUUCGCCGGGCACACAAUGGGGCGGAGGCGGUGUCAAUGCGAUCGCUGGUGGUGACUUUGGUUCUUCGCUUUUUGGGACAGGAAUGAGCAAUGCACCGAGCCCAUUCCCGACUGGACUGUUCAACAGUGCCCUGCCUGAUAUUGGGCAAGGCAUGAACCUUGAUUGGGAGGCAUGGGAUCAAUACAUGCAACCAACGAAUUUGUCCUUGGACCCUGCGUCAACAUUGUGGUCCAACAAUUCGCCCAACAGCAAUUUUUUCUCGCAGACGUCACCAUCAGAUGGGACAGGAGACAGCUCAAUGGGAGUGCAAGGAUCGGGGAUGUAUUCCCAAAGUAUUGGAUCGAUGAUGGGUGGCCCGGUGGAUAUUUCGAAGACUGAUGGGCAGCAGAUGCCCGACCUGAGUGCUACCACUUCGACGGGAGGAAAUGACAACAGCGCCGGGGAGGUGUUCAUGGGAGUACAGACACCGCAACCGGGGGGGAUCCCAAAUUGGAAAUGGACGGUGAUGAGUGAUCAGAAAAGGAGUUGA